AUGGACGACUUGAAAGGCGAUGAAGUAUCAUCUCUAGAUAAGAGUAAAGAUAUAAACAAGACGUAUAUAAUAUCUGCGAUGACAAGUAAAUAUGGAGAGAGAUCAAGCAUCAUGUCCUCCCGUGGUCGGCCCACUCUUCAGAAACGAAAAACAAGCACCAAAGGAACCGAGCACACAGCAGCACUCGAGAACACCGAGAACCGAAGCGACGCCCACGGGAAACGGCUAACCUUACAGCGGAGGACCAGAACGGGCUCGGUAGAUAAAGGCACCCCGUCUGCGGCCGAGAAAAGAGCAUGGGCGAGUUCAGCCGUCCUGUCAGAGCCAAACAGCCGGGCACCGGGCAGUUUAGCCCUGCUGCGGUCGGCAAGCCUGAGGGACACGGAGGCUAAACGCACCGCCAAAGACGUACUUCAGCUUGUAAACACGCCGAGCAAAACUACAGAAAAGGUAGCACGGUCUGCUCAAAGUGUCGGAGAUGUAGCUCAUGACCAAGGCAAAACAACCUCAACGCCAACAGGAAAAACCCAGUUUCAGAAGUUAAGUCUGAAGAAAGAAGUCUUUGAGAGACUGGCUGUGAGAGAGGUUUCAAGAUCAGUGUCAGUCAAGCCCCAUAGUGUGGACAGGCCAAAGCAGUCGAGCACUGAAAUUGGCAAACCAUUGGUCCCGUGUACUUCUAAUAAGAGGUUCCUGGUUAGCAGCCAGAGUAGGAACCUGAUGGCCACCCCUCGCUCGACGCAGGUGAGAAAAACCUCAACCCAGUUGAGUUCCACACCCAGUGGAGCCUUGAACUCGGCCAAAGUCAGGCCCACAGCUGCAUGCGAAACACUGAUCUCUGCUGAUGCUGGGAGCCAAACUACAGCUCCACCGGCUCCUGAGCUGAAGAUGGAAAACAGCGCAGUCACCGUGGCGGUGCGAGUAAGACCCUUCAGUCUCAGGGAAAAGGGUGAGAACAGCCAUCAAGUGAUUUUCAUGGACAAUCAGGAGACGGUGGUUCAGCAUCCGGACACUAAGCAAACCUACGCGUUUUCCUUUGACUUCUCUUUUUGCUCACUUGAUGAAACGGACUCUCAUUUCGCAAGUCAGCAGAUGAUUUAUGAGAAUCUGGCUAAACCCCUGCUUGAAAGAGCUUUUGAAGGGUUUAACACCUGCCUUUUUGCUUAUGGGCAAACUGGUUCGGGAAAGUCCUACACUAUGAUGGGUUUUGGUGAAGAACCUGGAGUUAUACCAAGGUUCUGUGAGGAACUUUUCUUAAGGUUGUCUAGAGCUGACAAUCAGGAGGUCACGUGUCACCUGGAGAUGAGCUACUUUGAAGUGUACAACGAGAAGAUCCAUGAUUUGCUUGUAGCGAAGGAUGAACAAAACCAAAAGAAGAUGCCUUUGCGAGUCAGAGAACACCCAGUUGACGGGCCUUAUGUUGAGGAUCUAUCAACGAACAUUGUUAGCUCCUAUGCUGAUAUUCAGACCUGGCUUGAGCUUGGAAAUAAACAGCGAGCUACUGCUGCCACUGGCAUGAAUGACAAAAGUUCCAGGUCUCACUCUGUCUUCACCCUGGUCAUGACACAGACUAAGACAGAAUUAGUGGAAGGAGAAGAGCAUGACCACAGAAUCAUCAGCAGGAUCAACCUGGUGGAUUUAGCAGGCAGCGAGCGCUGUGCGACAGCUCAGACCAGUGGAGAACGGCUGAGGGAGGGUGCAAGCAUCAACAAGUCUUUGCUCACUUUGGGGAAGGUGAUUUCUGCGCUGUCUGAACAAGCUCAGAGCAGGAGGAAAGUCUUCAUCCCAUACAGGGAAUCGGUCUUGACAUGGUUACUAAAGGAAAGCCUGGGCGGGAACUCCAAAACAGCCAUGAUUGCGACUCUCAGUCCAGCCGCCAGCAAUGUGGAUGAAAGCCUCAGCACUCUACGCUAUGCUCAGCAGGCCCGCUUGAUCAUCAACGUAGCCAAGGUCAACGAGGAUACCAACGCUAAGCUGAUCCGAGAACUAAAAGCAGAGGUGGAGAAGCUGCGGGCAGCUCAGAUGAGCUCACAGGGCAUUGACCCUGAGAAGAUGAGGCAGUUCCAGCAGGAAGUCGCUGCUUUGAAAACUCAGCUCUCUCAGCAGGAGAGAGAGAUGGCUGAGGUGCACAGAACUUGGAAGGAAAAACUGGAGCAAGCUGAGAGGAGGAAACGUGAAGAAACCAAAGAGUUGCAGCGUGUAGGCAUCACGUUUAAAGUGGAUAACCGGCUCCCCAACCUUGUGAACCUGAAUGAGGAUCCUCAGCUGUCAGAGAUGCUCUUGUACAUGAUUAAGGAGGGACAGACCAAGGUCGGCAAGCUCAAGUCUGAGUCAGCCCAUGACAUCCAGCUGUCUGGGGCUCUUAUUGCUGAUGAGCACUGUGUGAUCUCCAAUGUAAAUGGCAUAGUCAGCAUCACGCCCAUGAAAAAUGCCAAGACCUUUGUGAAUGGAAACCUCGUGUCUGAAGUCACUGUCCUCCACCAUGGCGACAGGGUGAUCCUUGGAGGAGAUCACUACUUCCGCUUCAACCACCCAGCUGAAGUGCAUAGUGGAAAGCGUGUGUCCUGUUGGAGUUCUGGCGAUGGCCAGAAGGACUUUGAGUUUGCCAAAAAUGAGCUGCUCUCAGCGCAGAGAGCUCAACUAGAGGCAGAGAUUGAAGAUGCCCGACUGAAAGCCAAGGAGGAGAUGAUACAGGGGAUCCAAGUGGCUAAAGAAAUGGCACAGAAAGAGUUGUUCGACCAAAAGCUGCAGUACGAGAACAAGAUAAAAGCUCUAGAGAGAGAACUUGAAGAGGAGAGUGAAAGGAAAAGAGCACAGGAGCUUGAGAGGCAGCGGGUAGCCAGCGAGAUGGAGGAGCUGCAGACUGCCAAGACUCUGCUGGAGCAAGAAAUGAGCAUGCACAAGAAACGGUUACAAAUGGAGACCCAGGCUGCCAGACAGGCCAUGGCUGAUAAUGAUAUUCGACAUGCUAAAAUUCUUGAGGCCCUGGAAGCAGAAAAGAGGAAAAUUGCUGAAGAUCUAGUUGAGAUUCAGAGGAAGCGUGCCUUGAAGGUGAACCAGACUCCCAGAACUGUUCCUCCACAGUGGGAUGCUAUGAAGUUGUCAUUGAUGAUUGAAGAGGCUAACAAAAUAAGUGUGAAAUUUAGGAAGCACACAGUCUUCGGCAGACAUGAAGUCUCUGAUGUAGAGAGUGGAGGAGAUGAUGCUGAGAUGCAGAUCCAAGUGCAGAACACCAAGCUGGGCAUCUCCACCUUCUGGAGCCUCGAGAAGUUCCAGAGCAACCUGGCUGCCAUGAGGGAGCUUGAACAGGGAAACUGUGCCUCUAAAGAUGAUGAUGUGUUUUAUGACCCCAAUGACCAGUGGGAGCCAGAUAUAUCUUCAGCCUCCUCAACCUCUUCCUUUUCUCGCAGAAGGAGCAGGAGCCUGUUGAAGAGCAGGCGUAUCUCUGGUAGACUCUACGAGAUCAGAGUGCAUCCCAUUCAGAGCUUGAACCUUUCCUCCACACAGUCUGCUGGCCUAAUGGGUAUGAGUAAGCCCCCAUCUCUUCAUAGCAGCGGCUCAGAGUCGGCCUUGCCUGGCAUCUGCAAAGAUCUCAUAGCUGCCAUGGUUUCCCGCUUACGUGCCAGCCCAUCAGCAGAGGAGAGCGAGAGCCUGGCAGACAAACUAACCCUGGACCUGCUCUACAUUAAUGGUGCUUCAAACUCCAUUGCAGACUUGUACCAUCAGCUUGACGACAACAGCCAGGACAACUUGUUUGCAUGCAGCACUGAUGCGCAGACUCAUCUUGUGAAAGCCACCUCUGCUAUUGAGAGAGCCGUGUUCAUUACCAUGCAUUGGGUCGCCAACAUCCAACCCAGAAUUCAGUCAGUCUCCCAAACUGUGGAAGAUCUCAAGACCGAAGUAAAGAACAUGGGAGGCUAUUUUCAGUUGCUUAUUCAGGGCUGUGACUCUGAAAUCUCCUCUAUGGUGACUGAAGCCCAAAGAAAAACUGGCAGGUGUAUGAAUGCAGCACUGAGUGCUGUAGGUUUGCUGGCAGCAGUGACUGGGACCCGUCUGCAUCUGACUGAACUUGGAUCUGACAUCACUGCCAAAAGGCCUGCUGUGGAGUCUGUGCGAAAGGGAAUGUGCCGGGGUGUAAGAGCUCUUCUGGAGGAGGGUCUCUCUGUUAGCAGAGAAAUGCUCAGACAUGCUCAACUAGCUCAACCUAGAACUCAGAUUUUGCAGAGCCUUAAAACCAGAAUGUUGGAGGUGGCAAAUGCUUUGCAAAGCUAUAUUCAUUGCAACAUGUUGGAAAAGCCAGAUUAUUUGGAGAAUUGUACAGAGGAUGCUGAUGAUGCUUCGCACUUGGAAAGUAUAAGAAACACAGCUAACAAGCUCUUCCAGCUAAACCAGGCUCUCCAGCAGCUUCACUCCACCUUGUCUCGCACUCUAAGAGGCAGAGGCAGUGAUGCUCACCUUGGUUCCUUCAAAGAAGCAAUCCAGUCUUUGACCAAGACUAUUAGCAAUGUAGUACAUGGACUACCAAGACAGACGGACAUCAGCCUGUCUGACAGUCUUCAGCUUCCAUGCUUAAAGAGUGUUAUGGAUGCACGGGAUGAAGUGCACUCAGCCUUGUGCUCUCUAACGGCACUGUUUGAUGAGAGCCGUGAAGAAAAUAUAGAGUCGUCCAGCUCUAAGAAUAUCGAUCAGGACUUGGGUCACGGCACCAGAAACCGUACCGUCCCUAAAAUAGUGUACUCGAUGUCCUCUGGUGUUAGCUCCUGCUCCAGGGAUGUUCGCUGGGUUUAAUCUGUCCAUUGUCAGUCAACUGUAGGGGCAGUCAGCUUUUAUGUAAGCAUGUUUUUGCACUUAAGCAUCUGUAUGUAUAUCAGUUGGAUUCCCAACAGACUUUUCUCCGUCAGAUUUUUGUGUGAGGUACUACAAGAGUGAAUUAACAAAUUGUGACACAAGAUAACUAGAUUAUGCUUAUUUUUUGGAUAAACACUGUUGUUUAUACAUCAUAUGUGCCAUACAUAUAUGUAUAAACACAAUGGUAUUCACUGCUUGUGUAUUACUAAGGAUAGAGUAAUGGAGUACUGUAAAAGUAAAAUAGUAUUGUCAUUCUCCUGUAUAUUAGAGAUUUGUAUACGUUUCUGUAACAUACAGCUUUUGUACACAAUGUUUUGCAACUUUGCACAAAGCUUUCUUCUACUUUUUCGCUCCAUGCACUUCUAAAACAUUACCCUUUACAUUGUAGGCAUUAAUAACAGUUCUUUCACGAUCAUGAAAUAAUCCAGUAAAUUAUACACUAUUUUGCAACAAUAAACACUGAUGAUGACA